AUGCUGCGACAAGUGGCUUCGCGGGGGCCAGCCUACCUCCCAUUGACACUCUUGGCGCGCAGCUACGCUUUCAGCAGAUAUCCAGAGCGCUCUCUGCGCCUUGGUCGCACCACUCGCAUUCCUACCACACCACAGUCUGCUCGUCAAGCAAGCUCGAAUCCAGCGCAAGAUGGAGAUGCGCAGGAGCAGUUAUGGGCUGAGGCAAGUCAACGUGCACCAAAGGGAAAUGUAAAUGAGGCCCUGCGCCGGCUAGUCAUGGAUCACGAUACGCUAGUCGUUACAAGGCAGAUCGAAAUGUUAAACGUUUUUGUCGGCUUCGAACAAGCAAAUCGCUACGCCAUAUCGAGCCUUGACGGCACUUCGCUGGGCUACAUUGCGGAGGCCGACGCGGGCAUGUCUAGCGCGCUCACGCGUCAGCUCUUGAGGACACAUAGACCAUUCCAUGCUGUCAUCAUGGACAACGACGGUACACCUGUCCUUUGGUUACGUCGACCAUUCAGUUGGAUCAACUCGCGCAUGCGCGUGCAACGUCAGAGUUCAUCAAACGUCGAGGACAGCGAUGAGCCUGACCUGGACACGCUCGGCGAGGUACAGCAGCGCUGGGAUAUACUCCGGAGAAAGUACGAUGUGUUUCUCAAGGAGCCUGCGCGCCGCGUAUUGGCGCUAGCCGACUCUGAGGAGAAGGCCGUCCCAUCUCUCGACGAGGAGAGCUACGCCCAGCUGGCGCAGAUUGACGAGCCUCCUUUAUCAUGGGAUUUCAACCUGCGCGACGUAGACGGUCUCCCGAUUGCAAGCAUGAGUAAGAAACUGCGUGGGCUUGCACGAGAGAUCUUCACUGAUACAAGCCAGUACUACAUCAACUUCAAGCCACGUGAGUUCGAGCUGGGCGACGAUGGUUCGCUCAUUGUACGCGAGCUCGCAGGCGCGCGUCAAUUAUCUCUCGAAGAACGCGCGAUUGUGCUUGCUACAGCAGUCAACGUUGAUGUCGACUACUUUUCUCGCCACUCUAGUGGUGGUGGCGGAAGUUGGCUGGGUGCCCUGCUCCUCUUCGAUAUCUUCGGUUGA